AUGUACCCGCGCUCGCCCCAGCACCCCGCGUAUGGCCCCCAUGCCCCCUACGCCCCCCAGCAGUACUACCACCACCCCUACCCCCAGCCGCCCCCCCAGCCUCACAAGGGCACCCUCCCCCCGGGACACAUCCUCUCCGUGGCCGACCAGCAAGUCCGCAUAGAGCGCUAUCUCUCAGAGGGCGGCUAUGCCCACGUAUACCUCACCACCUCGGAGCGCCCCAUAUACACCCCGAGCAGGAACCCGGACAAGAAGGGCAGAUGGGGCGAGAAGGGGUACACCCAGCAUUGUCUCAAGCGCAUAGCCUUCCAGGACGACCAUGUCUGGGUCGACGUCAAGAAGGAGAUCGAGGUCAUGAAAUCGCUGCCUCCCAAUCCCCAUCUCGUGCAGUAUCUGGGGCACUCGCAUGCCCGCCUGCAAACCGGAGGCCAUGAGGUGUUUAUUCUGAUGGAGUUUUGUUCUGGUGGGGGUAUUAUUGACCUCUUGAACAAGCGACUACGCGACAGGUUGAAAGAGAUUGAAAUUCUCAAUAUAUUCACCGAUGUUUGCGAGAUCGAGAACGUCCUCUCUCAGCCCCUGUCUUCUCCUCCGACUCCCCAACGCCCCACCCCUCUGAUGUUCAAGCUAUGUGAUUUCGGGUCCACGACAUUUCCAACCGAUCGGCCGCCCCAGACAAAACUGGAAGCGGACGCGUUGGCGAUGGAUCUGAACAAGAAUACCACCCUGCAGUAUAGGAGUCCAGAGAUGGUCGAGCCGAUGCUGGGGUUGCCAGUUGGGUUGCCGAGUGGUGUAGAUGUAUGGGCGCUUGGGUGUCUCUUGUAUAAACUCUGCUACUACACGACUCCCUUUGAGGAACAUGGGCCUCUGGCUAUUGUCAACGCAAAGUAUACGUUCCCUCCUGUCCCUCAGUAUUCUCCCCGCCUCCAGCACCUGAUCGCUUCCAUGUUGGUGGAACAGCCUGUCAGACGGCCGACAGUCUUUGAGGUGUUGCGUAUGUCUCAUGAGAUGAGCGGUACAAGGCCCGAAGUGGACUAUCCCAUUCCAUCGCGGUCCAUCCCUCAACAUGCCCCGCGUCCUACCAAACCCCACUCUUCAGCUUCAUCCAACAACCUCUUGGACAUGUCCGACUCUCCCUCUCGCAGGACGCCAGUCAUGCAGCCUUCCAUGGUCCCCAGCGUUCAGCCCCAGCCCCAGCGACGUGGCCGUCCCGCCCGGGAAGGUGGCGCGAAACCUACCACUCCUGGUGUUGCAUCGCCUCAGCCAUCUCCCGGCUGGCAAUACACUCCCAAGGGUCAACAGCCCCAGCCGACGUCGAGUGCUGCCCUGGUCAAGCCCACGCCAAAGGUGCAGAUCACUGACACUUCACAAUCGUUCUCGAGAACGGCGCCGUCGUCUGCUAUUGCCAAGUCGCCUUCACCCGUCGACGCGUUCGGGAUGCCUGCAUUGGCAUCGCAAAAGACGACGAGCUCUGGCUUUGGGGAUGCGUUCGGUGUACCGCCUUCUGGUGUGAGGGGUAUGCAGACUGGGGCGAGCACGAUGUCGCCAAGGUUUGGACAGGGAGUGCCGUCCAAGAAACCUUCGGGAUUUAGCGACUCGUUUUCCAACACGUCCAACUUUUCUCUGUCUUCUCGGCCUGGCGUGUCGCAACUUCCUUCCGGUCCUAGACCACCUUCUUCUGCGUCUACAGCUUCCACAAGGACCACCAGGCAGCAGCUCACUUCUUCGCCGUCCUCCAUGCUUUCGCGCCAACAGACGAACCAAUCGUCUAGUCAGCCAUCUUCUAUACCCGAAGGAGACUUGUCUUUCGAGUCUCGUUAUCCGAGCGUUGAGACGCUCGACAGCGAAGACGGCUUUACCCCGCCCGUUCCAGACCCAGAACGUCUAAUCUCCCCAAUGGUAUCUCCUCCUUCCGCCGUACCUACCGGCGCUAGCUCCAGUACGACCUCAUCCAACCUCACCCAGUCCAACAACUUCAACACCGCCCGUCCCUCCCAACCCCGUCUCUUCACCCGUCCCUCACUCAUGGGCAACCUCACAGGCGGCGACCUCAAAUCCCCACCUCUCUCUGAAAACAGAGAAGGUCUGUCAAAGGGCCAGCAAGCGAGGUCGACGCAUGUGACGGGCACGGCGUUUAGGGACCAAAAGUCGCCUGCACCCACGCAGCCUGCGAAUCAGGCGCCGCAGGGGGCCGAGAUUGAUUACUUUGGGCCGUUGGAGUCGGGUGAUGAGAAGGAGCCGAUCGUUGAGAAGGAGUCGGUUGCUGAAAAGGCAGAGACGCCAGAGAAGGAGACCGAGGUCAAGCCGAAGAACUUGAUGGAUGACGAAGAUCCUUCGCUCCUCCAGGUCCCUCUUUUACCAGGCCGCUCCACCUCGCCCUCAUCCGCUUCCGGCCAAUCGUCUCCCGGCAAACCUACCUCCUUGAAGCUCGAUGCUACGGGUGCAGCUCAAGCGACAGGCAGGUCCAAUAUCAUGAGCGAAGAAUGGUCGCCCCUCCAAGAUAUGCGCCGUAAAGACGCCGAGGAGCGGACUCGGGCGAGAGAAAGGGCAGAAAAGGAAAAGAGGGAUGCCGAUGCGGGUCGAGUCACCGAGAGGACGAGGUCGGAUGAUCCUGAAGUGGACUCGAGCGAAGAUGAUGAAGGGCCUGAAGAGCCCAAUCGGUUCAAUCGCCCGCCUCCGCCUGCUAAAUCCCCUGUUGCGUCGCCCCGGCCAUCUACCCAGCGCGUCCCUUCGGGAGACAGGACGAGACCCCAGUCCAUGUUCCUUCCUUCUACAAACUCGUACUCGCGUCCUUCGGCGAGAUCACCCGGUGCUGGAUCGCCGUCAUUCGCUUCUCCUCCCAACACUUUUGUAUCCCAACCUAGCGCUGGCGCUACGGGUGGAUCAGGACUUGACAGGAAAAGUUCCAUCAACGGGAUCGUUUCGAGGUACGAAGACUUGACAGUGAGCGGAAAUACUACCGCCAGAGAUAGCAGCAGGCGACCGGUGAGCCAAUAUGGUGCACCUCCUGCCGAUACUCGUUCAAACACCAAUGGUCUUUCUCGAAAACCAUCUGUCGCUAGCAAACCCAUGGCUCUCAGAAAGUCCACCGCCGAGAUCGGGCAAUCCCAACCUUCGACAUCCCCUACCAAACCCUCGCAGGUCUCUCCUGUCAGCCCUGUGAAACCGAAAACGGCAACGCAGGCCAAGCCUGUCGCCGAAAAUAACAAUCACUCUGGAAGUACAUAUGUACGUCCGGGGAUGACGAGGCCGGUGGUGAAACCCAAGCCUACUCUCAAUACCACACUGAGUCAAUCCAAGAACCCAGCUUCCCCAAUUGUGCGAGCACAACCCCCGCGCGAGCAGCAGAGUGGAGGCCGAGCGGAUGACAGGCUCGAGAAAAGCAGCUCGGGGUCGCAAUCGCCUGAAAAGCAGCAGCCGGUCAAUGCCCUCAUUCAGAGGUGGAACAAGGGGGAGGUGAACAAUUCAUCAGCGAAUAUUUCAAGAGUGAACCGAGGAGGGUAUAUAUAA